AACGACUACCAAUUCAAACUAAUAGUCUUUUGUGUUCUCUUCAACCGCAUUUAGUUGUCGCCAGUACUUCAAGCAGUUUGUAACUCGCGACAAUAUUGAAUUCAUCCAUUUUUUUUUUGAAUUUUUAUUGUAACCAACCAGUUUAGUUUCUGUCAAUACUAUCAUUGCCAAAAAAAAGUGAUUUCAACGAGAAAAUAAUCCGCAGAUUGUAUAUUAAGUGAAUUUCAAGCAAAUUUGUUUUAGAGAAUUGUUUUACUAUUGUUUCUUUUGUGAUUUAAUUUUAAUCAUUUGAGAUGCAGUCAUCUUCGCGUAAUUUGGAUUCCAACUCGACAUUCAACGGUGGCUAUAGCAAUUUUGUGCCGGGCGCUAAUUCUAUUUAUUCAGAUACCUACUUGCGGUCGAUUGAAGAGCCAGAAGAAUUCUGGGGUGAAAUCGCAUCGCCGCCUAUGAUCCAUUGGGAUAAGUCAUUUGAAAAAGUUCUCGACAACAGCAAUUCACCGUUCACAAAAUGGUUUUGUGGUGGCUACUUGAACGCCUGUUACAAUUGUGUCGAUCGUCAUGUUUUAGCUGGCAAUGGUGAUAAGGUGGCAAUCAUUCAUGAUAGCCCCCUGACAAAUACCAUCCGAAAAGUUACCUAUCAAGAGCUUUAUGAUACGAUUUCUCGCAUUGCUGGUGGUCUUCAAAAGAUAGGUGUUAAGAAAGGCGAUCGUGUAAUUAUUUAUAUGCCACUCAUCCCUGAGGCGGUAAUGGCGAUGUUGGCUACCGUUCGAAUUGGAGCUGUGCAUUCGGUUGUCUUUGGUGGUUUUGCUGCAAGUGAGCUAUGUACUCGCAUUGAACAUGCCGAGCCACAGGUCAUCAUUGCGGCCAAUUGCGGUGUUGAACCAAAUAAAGUUAUUCAAUAUUUGGACAUACUGAAUGAUGCACUGGCCAUGUCCGAGUGGAAACCAAUUUGCAAUGUGAUUUAUCAACGACAAAAUGUCAUGACAUCACCAUUGCUGUCGAAAAAUGAUGUGCUGUGGGAGUCUUUAUUGGCGCACAGUGAACCAUGCGAAUGUGUUCCGGUCGAAGCGAAUGAUCCACUGUAUCUGUUGUACACAUCCGGAACGACAAGCAAACCGAAAGGUGUACAACGUCCGACUGGAGGGCAUUUAGUUAAUUUGAUGUAUACCAUGAGUGCUAUUUACGGCCUUAAGCCAUCUGAUGUUUGGUGGGCCGCAUCUGAUUUGGGUUGGGUCGUUGGACAUUCGUAUAUUUGCUAUGGACCGUUGUUGUAUGGCGCCACCAGUGUCAUGUACGAAGGGAAACCAGACCGAACACCGGAUCCAGGUCAAUACUUCCGUAUUAUCGAACAACAUAAGGUGUCGGCACUAUUUUCAAUUCCGACCGCUUUUCGUGUCAUUCGACGAGUCGAUCCGGAUAUAAAAUUUGGACGCGCAUAUAACAUUGAUUCGUUGCGUACGAUUUUUGUUGCUGGCGAACACUGUGAUUUAGAGACGAAAAAUUGGAUUGGAAAAACAUUUCGGGUGCCAGUAUUGAAUCAUUGGUGGCAAACUGAGACUGGAUCGGCAAUAACUGCAAGCUGUUUGGGUUUCAAUCAUAGUCCACAUCAACCGGCAUUCUCUACUGGUUUGCCAUUUGUUGGAUACAAAAUUGAUAUUUUACACCCGGAUGGCACAGAGGCUGCUCCCAAUGAACUUGGUCGUGUUGCGGUGAAAUUGCCAUUGCCACCAGGCAAUAUGUCAACAUUAUAUAAAAAUGAUGAACUCUUCGAAAAAAUUUAUUUCACAAAAUUCCCAGGCUACUAUGAUACUAUGGACGCUGGAUAUAAGGAUGAAAAUGGAUAUGUAUUUAUCACAGCGCGUGACGAUGAUAUCAUCAAUGUGGCUGGUCAUCGAAUUUCAACAAUGGCCUUGGAAGAUGCAGUGCUAAGACACCCCGACGUAGCCGAUGCGGCCGUUUUUGGUGUGCCUGAGCCCACCAAAGGAGAAGUGCCGUUGUGUUUAUACAUUAUGAAGGAUUCAACAGACAAAGCAUCAACGAAAAUUGGCGUAGAAUUGAUUAAAAUAAUUCGUGAAGUGAUUGGUCCGAUUGCAUCAUUUCGAUUGGUUGCACCCAUAAUGUCUUUACCCAGAACUCGCUCUGGAAAAACUUUACGAAAAUCGAUGGCCGAUUUUGCUCGAAACAAGCAAGUCAUUUUACCGGGAACCAUUGAAGAUCCAACUGUGUUUAAAGAUAUUCGUCGAGCCUUGCAAGAAUUGGGCCAUGCCCAAACUGCACCCGAUCCGCUUACAACUCGCAAAUAGAACUCAAAAACUCUCAACAAUUCGGCUAACUACUUUUUCUCCGUAUUUAAGCAGAUCUUUCAAGUGCAAACAUCCAAAUAAAGAAAAUAUUUUGUAAAAACGAUUCAAAUCAUUAUCAGUGAUGUGCACACAAAGCAAUUUUUUUUAAUUUUUUUAAUCAUUCAAUGCGGUUGAGCUAAGUUCAUUUUAAGAAAAGGUCGUGGAAUAGAUAGAUAUGAAUACAAAACAAAUGCGCAGAGAAAAAAACUCGAACAAAAAAGUUAAAUAAUUUUAAUUUUGUAAUUUAUUUAUUUCAAUAAAAGAAACUGAAAGUCGGUAGAACAAUGGCUUACCGCUAAAAAAACAACAAA